AUGAAUAAAUCGAAGCUCCUACUCACUCCAAUGAGACUCGUCGGAGUGAAUAGGAGCUAUGAUAAGAGAACUAACACUUGGUGCGUUCCAUCAUUUAACUGCGAGCCUGUAAACAAGUCCUCAGUAAAACAUACCAAUACACUGAAAUUAGAUAAGACUCUAUUUGACAGGUCAUUUACACAGAAUAAUUUCAAAAGGAAGAAACAUGAAACUAGCUUAUCGAAAUUGCUUCAAGCCUGCGAGCCUCAAAGGCUGUCUGAAUUGGCAAUUAGUAAACAGAAACAGAAUGAAAUCUCUAAUUGGCUUCAGUGUAAGGCAUUAAAAGGACAACCUUCAAUGUUGGUCCUUACCGGAUCUUCUGGUUGUGGCAAAACUGCAGCCAUAAAAUUACUUGCUAAGGAAAAUAGUUUUGAUGUUAUAGAGUGGAUUACACCGGUCGAUCAGGCUGAAGAUGAAAAUAAACAUAUAAUGCGACAAGGAGACAGAUUUGAAGAUCAUCUGAUACGUGCAACACGUUAUCACACAGUAUUAGGUGACUGUUUGAAACAAUUGCUCCUUGUUAAGGAUAUCCCAAAUGUCUAUCAUGAGGAUUACAAAAGCUUCUUCACCCUCUUAGAAAAAUAUUUCCAAAUAGGAAGAGAACCUGUGAUAUUCGUUUGCACGGAAACUGGCAAUUCAAGACUGAUGCAUACUUUAUUUCCACCUGAUAUAAGAACAAAGUUCGGUAUUGACACCAUCAAUAUAAAUGUAGCCACGGCUACCGCUAUGAAGAAUGUAUUGAAACGGAUAUCUAAUACAUUAAAUUCAAUCGCUGGCAACAUGCUAUAUAUCUCUCAACAACACAUCAACGAGAUAUUGUCCAACAGCAUCGGCGAUGUGCGCAGCGCCGUUCUAAAUCUAAUUUUUAUUUCUCUCAAAGUGCCUGAGAAACACCUGAAAAGCGAAUGUGGGAUACGGCAGGAAACCUUGGGUCUAUUACACGGCGUCGGAAGAGUCAUAAAUCCUAAAAGACAAUCAUAUGGCAAUUCUUUCAAGUUUGUACAUGAUCCCGAAGAAAUAACGGCAUUUUUCCAAUCACAGUCAGUGGUGUUCGUCCAAUUCCUACAAGAGAAUUAUCUGAAUACUAUAAGAACUUUAGAGGAAGCCGCAGCAGCGGCUGAUAUAUUGAGCCUGGGUGAUGUCCUAAAUUCUGAAUGGCGUGAUCGGAAUUUAAGUAAAGUUGCAUUAUCGUACUGCAUCCGUGGUUUGAUGCUGACGAAUGAGAAACCUGUAACUAGCUGGAAUCCAGUGAGAAAACCGCGGAAUGAUUAUAAUAACAUACGAAGAUGUUUAGUGAUGGCAGAAACGCGGUGUUAUGAAGCUAUAAUUAAAGUCAAUUCGAAAGAAACAAACGAAGCGUUGAAUGAAGAUGAGGAAAUAAUUAUUGAUGAAGAUUAG